UGCUGAGGGAGGGAGUAGGAGGCAGUUGCGGGAGGUUGGUUGGUUGGUUAUACGAGGAAUGGGCGAGGGGGAGGCUCGGAAUCGGGCGUGGCGACAUGGAAUUUCCGGGUGGUGCUCCUUCUCCUCCUGCACUUGCGUCACCGCGGCCAAUUAUAUCUUCUUCUUUUACGAUGCAUCAUGCGAAUGGCAGCCCCCGUUGUCUGUCUGUCUGUCUGGCACUCCGCAGCCAGGCAGAGGAGCAUUAUUAAUGCCUGUUGCUGGCUCCAUUCUGCCGCGCCCUGGUCGAGUAGCAUUCGCUUGUAGAGUCGCUGAAUUCGGCGCGCUCGUGCCCGGAAUCCGAUUUCAUUGAAGAAUACCAGCGGAGUAGCUCUCGUGCAUGAUAUUGAUAAGUAUUGGAGGUUGAGGAUUCCGUGAAAGGUUUUUUCAAAGAGUUCUUGAUUGUGUGGUUAAUUGCUGAAUAGCGGAGUAGUACGGCAGUAGUUCAUCACGAUUAUCGUCAUCUUUCGGCUGUAGAUUGUACGACCGGAGGGUUAGGGUCAAAGGGGUGGAGGAGUAGCGAUGGGCGGAGAAGAAAGGGAAAGGGCAGGGAAGGGGAAGCAUUGAGCGCGUUUUGAAAGGGAAGUGAAAAUGGUGAACGGGGAGGGGGAAGUGGAGCGGGAGCAUGAACAGGAACCGCAGCAGCCCGGCAUGUUUAAGAAAGUUGUCCUGGGGGUAUGCGUGAUGGAAAAGAAGGCACUAUCUGGACCAAUGGCUCAAAUUCUUGAUCGGCUUAGAAUGUUCGGCGAAUUUGAGAUCAUAAUCUUUGGGGACCAUGUAGUACUGCAUGAACCGGUUGAAAAGUGGCCGCUCUGUGACUGUUUGAUAGCAUUCUAUUCUACUGGCUAUCCCCUUGACAAAGCUGAAGCUUAUGCUGCUCUUCGCAAACCGUAUCUCAUUAACCAGCUGAAACUGCAGCACCUCCUUCAUGACCGUCGCAAAGUUUAUGCUCGCCUUGAAGAGUUCGGGAUUCCAACACCCAACUAUGCUCUGGUUAGCCGAAACUUUCCCUAUGAAGAGGUGGAAAAUUUUGUGGAAGAGGAAGACUAUGUUGAAAUUCAUGGCAAACGAAUACUGAAACCAUUUGUGGAGAAGCCUGUUGAUGGUGAUAACCACAGCGUAAUGAUAUACUAUCCAAGCUCUGCUGGUGGUGGAAUGAAGGAGCUUUUCCGAAAGGUGGGUAAUCGAUCUAGCGAAUUUCGUCCCAAUAUACGGAGAGUACGGAGGUCUGGUUCUUAUAUCUACGAAGAGUUUAUGCCUACUGGAGGCACCGACGUCAAGGUGUACACAGUGGGACCAGAAUAUGCCCAUGCAGAAGCUCGAAAAUCUCCUGUUGUUGACGGGGUAGUUAUGAGAAGUGCAGACGGGAAGGAGGUAAGGUAUCCUGUGCUUCUGACUCCAGCAGAGAAGCAAAUGGCUCGCGAUGUUUGUGUUGCUUUUGGUCAGGGGGUUUGUGGAUUUGAUUUGCUUCGAUCGCAAGGCCGGUCAUAUGUGUGUGACGUUAAUGGGUGGAGUUUUGUUAAGAACUCUUACAAGUAUUAUGACGAUGCAGCUUGCGUGCUCAGAGCUAUGUUUUUGGAAGCAAGAGCACCUCAUCUCAAUGUGAAGCUUUCAUGUUUGCCGUGGACUAGAGUUGAACAACCUCUUGAAGCAGAGGACGGUAAUAGCAUUUUCAAGCAGGAAAGCAGUACACGUACUGGCACAUUUGGUCGGUCGGAAGAACUGCGAUGCGUCAUUGCUGUUCUGCGCCAUGGUGACAGAACACCGAAACAGAAAGUCAAGAUGAGAGUCACACAGGAUAGAUUACUCAGUCUCAUGCUGAAAUACAAUGGUGGGAGACCUAGAUCGGAGGCUAAAUUGAAAAGCGCAGUUCAGUUGCAAGAUUUCCUUGACGCCACCCGCAUGCUUGUCCCACGAACCAGAUCAGGGAAAGAGAGUAGCGAUAGUGAGGCAGAAGCUUGGGAGCAUGCCGAGAAGUUACGCCAUGUGAAAGCCGUACUUGAGGAGGGUGGUCACUUUUCCGGAAUUUAUCGGAAAGUGCAGCUGAAACCUCUAAAAUGGACAAAGGUUCCGAUGGAGGAGGAUGAUGUUGAAGAAGAACGCCCCAUAGAGGCAUUGAUGGUGUUGAAGUAUGGAGGUGUUCUCACGCACGCCGGCCGAAAGCAGGCUGAAGAAUUGGGGCGAUCUUUUAGGAACGGCAUGUAUCCUGGAGAGGGGACAGGCUUGCUGCGACUUCAUAGUACUUACCGGCAUGACUUGAAAAUUUACAGUUCUGAUGAGGGGCGGGUGCAGAUGUCAGCUGCUGCUUUUGCGAAAGGCUUACUCGAUUUGGAAGGUCAGCUGACCCCCAUUUUGGUUUCUCUGGUCAGCAAAGAUUCUCCCAUGCUAGAUGGUCUAGAGACUGCUAGUAUUGAAAUGGAAGAAGCGAAGACGAAGCUGUAUGAGGUAACGACAUUAUCGGAAAAGCAGCCGCUUUCUUCAUCCUUAAAGUCUGAAAUGCCUUGGAUGGUGGAUGGAGGAGGCAUGCCUGAAAACUCCUUAGAAUUGAUGAAGAAACUGGUUGAACUCACGAGGAUUGUUACAGCCCAGGUGAAGCUUCUAUGUAAAGCUGAAGAGGAGCGCCUGGCUUCAACUGCUCUCAAUGAGGAGCUUCCUCCUUAUGAUCAAGCCCGUGCUUUGGGAAAGACCAAUAUGGACGUUGAUCGAAUUGCUGCUGGGCUACCAUGUGGUAGUGAGGGAUUUCUUCUCAUGUUCGCUCGAUGGAAGAAGUUGGAACGGGACAUCUACAACGAACGGAAGGAUCGUUAUGAUAUUAGCAAAGUUCCUGAUAUAUACGACUCUGCCAAGUACGAUCUUCUGCAUAAUGCUCAUCUAAAACUUCAGGAUCUUGACGAACUUUACAAAGUGGCGAAGAGGCUUGCGGAUGGGGUCAUUCCUAAUGAAUACGGAAUCAAUCCUCAACACAAACUGAUUAUAGGAGCUAAGAUUGCACGCCGUCUUCUAGGAAAGAUACUUAUCGACCUUCGAAACACUCGCGAGGAGGCCAUUAGCGUAGCUGAGGUGAAGCAAAAGCUGGAAUCGGCCGAUGGUCUUUUACCAAGUAGACUUCAUAAGAAACAUGAAGGCAAUCGAAUCAGCGGUAAAGUCAGGGUUGCUGUUGAUAGCUCGAGACAAACCUGCACAAACGAAGAUGAAGAUGAUACUCAGUAUCGAUUGGACCCUAAGUAUGCCAAUGUUAGAACACCUGAGAGGCAUGUUCGAACUAGGUUAUAUUUCACUUCGGAAUCACACAUCCAUUCAUUAAUCAAUAUUAUCCGUUAUUGCCACCUGGAUGAUUCUUUGAAAGGAGAAGCAGGUCUGGUUUCGGAUGAAGACUUACAACGUAUAUUUGAAAUCAAGGAGCUUGACUAUUUGACUCACAUUGUACUCCGAAUGUACGAGAAUACAGCAGUGUCUUUGGAAGAUUCACGAAGGUUCAGGAUUGAGUUGAUGUUCAGCACUGGAGCAUCUUUAAGCCCUCUUGAGUGGCUGCAGGCAACUCCUCGUAAUCGAGAUCACACUCUACCUGUAAUGCCUCCAGACACCUUGCAGGAAGAGGGUAGUUACGUUACUCUUGACCGUUUGGAAAAGUUGAUGCGGCCAUUUGCUAUGCCAGCCGAAGAUUUUCCUCCAGCCAGUAACCCACAGGGAUUUUCUGGUUUAUUUAUGAAAGGGGUUCGGCGUUGGUGGUUUUCAAGGCGGCAGUAGUUAAGGUCAAGGUAUCAUGGUGGUUCGCCUCUUUUGUACAUUGUACUUGGGAGGAUGGCAAUUGAAUGUUACAGCCAUAACUGGAACACAGACGAUCUUGAAAUCUAUUGCACCAAUGCGAGUGUUUGGCAAUGGUGAGCUCUUCAGAUGUAGUUGGUGUCGAGUGCAGCUCGAAUGGUUUUCAGCUUGAAUUUUCUUAGUGCAAUGGAUCAAGGUUGACAGGUUUCAUUUAAGGGCGCGUUCUGUUUCUUUCCCUGAUAAUGGUUAUGCAGUAGUGGAUUUGGAAUUCAGUAAAGCUAUAGGGGUUUUGGAAUCGUAUCAUAAAUAGUACCCACAGGUUCAGGUCGCGACAGUGUAGGGCUCUUAUUGAGAAGAGACACAUCGGUACCGUGAUGAAUCUUAUUUCGGGGGUAUUUUUGUUUGCUUGGUGCAAUUAUUGUAUUACACUUUGGUAAUGUUCAAUAGUGCUUUUUCCUACA